CCCAGCAGGCAUUGCGGCAGCACGCGCAGCAGCUGUCACGCUUGUGUGUUCGUUUCCAUGGGAAAGGUCGUACACUCACACACCCCAUCGGAGGAGCUAGGGAGCAAAAGACAGUCUACAUCUAACUUAUUUUAAGAUGAAGAUGAGUUGUUUUCAGCUAAUUCAGACAACGAAAUGAAGAGGAGCCACCGCAGUAAAUGGUGUUGAAGAGCAGCCAAAAAAAUGCACUGGAUUCUGGACCAUUUAAGCCUUUUAAGAGUGGAGCUUUUGUUUUGAAUGCCAAGACGUGAGAGUGUGAGCUGUGUAACGUAGAAUCCUUACCUCAAAGGGAGCAGUUUUUGCCAUAAGGAAUGAGUAUUGACAUCGAUUUGAGAUGAUGAACCGCUACACCACCCUGAAGCAGCUGGGUGACGGCACCUAUGGGAGUGUGCUGAUGGGGAAAAGCAAUGAAUCUGGAGAACUGGUAGCCAUCAAGAGGAUGAAAAGAAAGUUUUAUUCUUGGGAUGAGUGUAUGAAUUUACGAGAGGUGAAGUCUCUAAAGAAGCUGAACCAUGCCAAUGUUGUGAAAUUAAAAGAAGUUAUCCGAGAGAAUGACCAGCUGUAUUUUGUGUUUGAGUACAUGAAAGAAAACCUCUAUCAGCUAAUGAAGGACCGAAGAAAAUUGUUUCCAGAAUCAGUGAUACGAAAUAUAAGCUUUCAAAUUUUACAAGGCUUAUCAUAUAUUCAUAAAAAUGGAUUCUUCCAUCGUGAUAUGAAGCCAGAGAACCUGCUUUGUAUGGGCCCAGAACUGGUGAAAAUAGCGGACUUUGGACUGGCCAGAGAAAUCCGUUCCAAACCACCAUACACUGAUUAUGUGUCAACAAGAUGGUACCGGGCUCCAGAGGUCUUACUGCGGUCAUCCAUGUACAGCUCCCCCAUCGACCUGUGGGCAGUGGGCUGCAUCAUGGCCGAACUCUACACUCUCCGACCUCUCUUCCCUGGGAACAGUGAAGUUGAUGAAAUUUUUAAGAUCUGCCAAGUCCUGGGCACUGUGAAAAAGGGGGACUGGCCAGAGGGAUACCAGCUGGCUACCGCUAUGAACUUCCGCUUUCCCCAGUGUGUACCGACCCAUCUGAAGACCCUAAUCCCCAAUGCCAGCAAUGAAGCUAUCACUUUAAUGAGAGACCUGCUCCAAUGGGACCCCAAGAAGAGACCCACAGCUGUACAGGCUUUGCGGUAUCCAUACUUUCAAGUGGGUCAAAUUUUAGGUUCAAGUCAGGAGGUGAAGAAGAUCCAGGCCAGACCUCAGGCUCCAAAUCAGCCACAAGAGCCUAAACCCAAACCAAAACUCCAACAGUCCUCCUCUGGGUCUAAAGAGUCACCAUCAAACAUCAAACAGCAGAAUCAGCAACCUCUUCAGCCCAUCUCUGUACAACAAACUGACAACACAACACACCUUAACCAAGCAAAGGCUGGCUCUCUGGGCAGUGAGAAUGGAGUUGGAGGGAUUGGGAUGGUGAAAAACGGUCGCCGCCGCUGGGGUCAAACCGUGGCCAAGACGUCCGACAGCUGGGAGUCUGACGUAUCUGAAACUGCAGCUUCCAUCUCCAAAAAGCCCAGCCUAAUACAGUCAGAGGAGGAGAAGACUAAGCACCAAACGCAGAUGAAGGAUCAAAAACCUUUGUAUUCCUUCAGCUCUGUUACCAAGCUACCUAGCAAUGUUAAGGUUAGCCAAACUGACCCCAACCUUCCUGGAUCUGCUGCACGCCAACACUAUCUCAACCAGUCACGAUAUCUCCCUGGACUCAUUGGUAAAAACCAGAGUGGAGAUAAGGAGCUGGGAUCUAUGACCUUGCGAGACUUGUGGGAGAACUCAUCAAACACUGUAAAUAAACCGCUGGCACCCAUUGGAGGGGGAUUAUCUGUCACCAGAGCCAACGCAGAAGAGAGUAAGUCUAUGGAAAGCCCACAAGAGAAAACUAUUGUCAAAGAAAAGGCACUUGAGAAAAUUGAUCUAUCCAAAGGUAUUGAAAAGAUAGAUGUUUUUGUUGUCUGUUGAUACUUUGCAGGGGCAUCAUGCUGGGGGGUUCCACAUGUAUGUUUAUUGGCAGAAUGAUCACCAGUUACCAUAGAGAUGCAAACAUUAGGAAACACAGCCAAAUAAGUUUUAAGACCACCUGAAAUCUCAAGAAAAAAUACAAAAUGGGUUUAAACAACACAUCUUCAGAAGGCUGUGAUCAAUACAAAGUUUCACGGUCCCGUUUAGGAGUUUGAUUUUGAAACCUUUUGACUUUAAUGUUAUUUGAGAGGGACAUGUUUAGGAGCUCAAAUCAACUCAGUUGUAGUUUAAACUGUUAUUUCAGGUCAGAUUGUGUUAAAAUAAAGAUCAGAUUAAAGUCUAACAGGCCUCAGACAGAGCGGUGCGUACAAUUAUCAUUUCACCCCCAAGGAAUGUUGAUGAUCAGCUGCAAAGUAUCAAUAUGAAUGUAGUAGUAGUGAUUAUCACAUUAGUUAUUAUCAGCCGAAUACUGCAUACACACCCAUAUACAACCAACAUAUUUACUGAAUCUAAACAAACACUAACUUGGCUGUGUGUUUUUCACAUUUUUAUAAAUUUUAUGUUUUCAAAUUUAAUUUAAUAUUUUAAUUGAAAACCAUCAUUUUUAACUGUGAAUGAUCAGCUUUUGGCUUUUUAAAUAGUCUCAAAUGCCAGUCCUUGGCCUGUAAGAACAUGCUGGAGCAAAUUCAAUCUUUGGAGGAUUAAAUAGGACUGUGGGAUUAAUAGGAGUUUGAUUUGUUUAUGUUAAUAAAAUUAAGAUUAAGAAUUGUUUUUAAUUUAAAAAUGUGACCAGUCAGUACAAUAAACCAUUUAUAAAGAAGACAUUAACCAUUGCAGAUCUGUCAGAAGAGUGAAGUUUGGAAAUGGUCUUUUUCUUGUGUCUAUUUGUUUGUUUGAAUAACGUUUCUUUCUUUUCAUUUUUAUCUAACAUUUCAACUUAAUAUACAAACAUUGAAGCAACAUCAAAUAGCUGGAGGGUGACUGGAGGAAAAACUAACAACCAGUGUGAUGUGACAAGCUUUUCACUCAAACGCUUAACAUGUGAAUGACAGCACCAGCUAACAUCCCAGCAGGACCCCCACUAACAAAUACACAGUUUACAUUGUGAACUAAAGAGGUGUCUCCACUCAGUAGAAGCUUAACUGAGCAACAACCUUAACUGACAUAAUAGUAACAAUACAGCAUUUCACUGAUAACUGAUAACGAUCUGCGACUGCUGCCGGAGCAAACCACUCAAUGACAUCAAUCAGUCAGGCUUUUGAAUAUGCACGACCCACUUCACACGAGACUAAAUGAGUGAAAAAGACUAACACAAUUUUAGCUAACAAAACUUCUCCUUGUAUUGAACUAACACUACUUUGACCUGUUUUAAGGCAAUUUUGUGAGCACCAAGUACAACCUCUCUGCUGGAUACAUGCCUUCGUUCCAAAAGAAAGAGGUGGGCUCAGUGGGACAGAGGAUACAGCUCGCUCCUUUGGCUGGGCAGCACU